AUAAAGUUACUGUAGUUAAUGAGUUCCCCAGAUUCAUUACCAUGGCACAUGUACAGAAAACCCCAGAGCAAGAUGUAUAAAAGGGGAGUCAGUCUUCCUCUACUGCAAAUAUGAAACCAGGUUGAACAAAGUGGAGAAAACCAUUGACCUCAUUCUCUGCCAAGGUGAUUGUGGGCAAAGAAAAAACAAAAGAAAAUCAACAAAGAGAAGAAAUCAGUUAAAACUGCUAUGAACUCCCUGAAUUCCACCCUCUAUCUAAAUACAACUUUUGUGCGUCCCCCGUUUUUUUUCAUCAAUGGUUUGUUCCUGUGCUGUAAAUAUGCAACCAGGCUGAACAAACUGGAGAAGCCUUUUACCUCAUUUUCUGCUAAGGUGACUGUGGGCAAAGAAAAACAAAAGGCAAGCCACAAAGAGAAGAAAUCAAAAACAUCUGCUAUGAGCUCCCUGAAUUCCACCCUCUCUCUAAAUACAACUUUUGUGCGUCCCCCAUUUUUUUUCAUCAGUGGUUUGAAUAACAUGCCCCAUGCCAAAUACUACUAUAUUUUCCUGUGCUUUGUUUUUGUGGUCACUGUGUUGGGGAACUCCUUUGUCAUGUUUAUUAUAUACACAGAGCGCAGCUUUCACACCCCAAAGUAUAUGGCCAUUUUAAAUUUGAUUAUAGCUGACUUGGGUGAAAGCACUGCUUUUAUUCCAAAUGUAAUUGCAAUGUUUCUUUUUGAUUCACAAUACAUCUCCUUUGACGCUUGCUUGGUCAACAUGUAUUUUGUGCUUUUAUUUGCCUGUUUACAGUCUCUAACUCUUACUGUUCUCGCCUAUGAUAGAUUGGUGGCAAUAUGCUUGCCAUUGAGAUACCAUGCCAUCAUCACAAUGCAAGCAAUGGUUGUGAUGUUAACAUUGGUGUGGGCAUAUGAUUCAGUUUUAAUGAUUUUAAUGGUGACUUUCAUUACCAGAUUGUCCUUUUGUAAAUCCAUUGUAGUACAAAGCUGCUUUUGUGAACAUGGGCCCGUAUACACAUUGGCAUGCAAUGACAAUUUUAUUAAUCACGUGAUAUCAAGAGUUCACGUGGCAUUAUUGCUGCAUUUACCCUUUAUUUUGACUGUAAUCUCAUAUGUAUUUAUUGCUGGUGCACUGUCUAAAAUAGCUUCAUCAGAAGGGCGAUUUAAAGCCAUUAAGACUUGUUCUGCACACCUAAUGCUGGUGGCUUUAUAUUAUCUUCCAAUAAUGGGAACCCACAUUGCUGGACUAACUUCAACCCUUCAUCUUAAUACCAGGAUAAUGAAUUUGUCCAUUGCAAAUUCCAUUACCCCCAUGAUGAACCCAAUCAUUUAUGUGCUGAACACUGAAGAGAUUAAGGAAUUCUCAAAAAAACUUUUCAAAAGAAAAAAAAAAAAAACUGCAACAGAAUUAAACAAUCAAAAUAAAGGAACAGAUUUAUAUUAAGAGACGGCUGCUUUUUACCGUAUCACAAACUGCAGUCCAGAGAGUCCAGAUCCAGAGGGGGAAACAGUGGUAAAAAUUCCUUAGCCUCUUUUGAACACAGAAAAUGUUAAAUGUUAAAAUGUUAUUUUGUGGAACCUUACGUUUCAGGGUCAAAGAAGAGCAACAAAAUUGAUUCCUAACAAAGUGUGUGUAAACUUUUGAC